CAAUGUGUGCUCCGGGUACGCAUAUGAUACGUCAUUGCUGCUGAAUCCACCCCAGCCUUCGAAUUCGUCUGCAAAUUUGACCGCGGCUUUGAGGUAGAAUUGGUCCUUGUCGAUCCAUGUUUCUGACGCCACUUUCAUCGCUCGUAAUGCCUUCACAAAGUGUGCGUCCAUCGAGUGAGAAGAGGUCAGCGCUCUAUGCUCAACGAAUUUCCAGUCUCUGUCCUUGAUAUCGUAUCCGUUGAUCCUGUCGAGAUCGAUGUCCGGUCGCGUUUGCGCAAUGUAAACGGCUAGUGUGAACAACCACCAUUGCCUGAGUAGGCUCGUGUGGAACUUGGCGGGUAUCAACGGCAACAGAAUGCGCACGGCAUGUGAUGAAGUCAACAGAUGGACCAGGAAGAAGUCGAACCUGGAAUUCUCGAGCGGCUCCGUGCCCAUCAAGACAGCAGCCGCCAACUGUUGGGACUGCUCAAAUUGAUUCCUCGGGUCCGAAAGCCCCCACGCAUUCCAAUGUUCCAGGAAAGCUUCCUCGCGCUCUUGGAACACUUUGGAUAUAUCGCCACUGCGGUGCUCAUAUAGUCCAUCAAAUCGUCUAUCUUCUCUGACUCCUUGUAGAAUCUCAAACAGGGACGUAGACUGGUGAGGGCUUGGCUUGGUAUAUAUUGGGUCGUCGAUGUACUUGUGAAGGGAACUAUAAAAGCAUGCACCGAGCGCAAGAGCUUCAAUAGCAACGGUCCUAGAGUCCAAUUCGUAUGCAUAUCCGAGAUGGAUCAGGGGGUGACCGACUUGU